AUGGAUGCCGAUGAAAAUUCCUACAAUACACAGGAAAAAGAUAAAUUGCCAAACAAACAGAAAGAAAGUUUAGAAAAAGAAAAUGAUGAAGUUGGCAAACUAAACAACGAACGAAUUGAAAAACGAGAGUUCGAUGAUGAAAGUACAAUUAAUGGCCAUGAAAAAAUAAAUUUUAAAAAUGAAAAUUAUAAUGAUGAUAUUAAAAUGAAUGAAAAGGCUAACAGAAAUACCAUUGAAACUAUUUCUGAUUUAGAUAAUAUAAAUUCGAAAGAUGAUAAAAAUAAAAAAAAUGAUUUUUGUGAAAAUACAAAUUUAGUUGAGGAAAAAAAGGGUGCAAUCAUAGGAGAGGCACAUGAAAAUAAUAUAACAAAAAAGGAUAAUGAAAUUGUGAGUGAUAAAGAUGAUGACUCAAAUGAUGCUCCCAAUAAUACAAGAAACUGCUAUAGUGACGACUACAUAAAUAAUGAUGAAAAAAAUUCGAGUGAAUCUGAUGAAACUUCUGAAGAUGAAUAUUAUUCAGGAGAAGAAAGUCUUAAUGAUGAUUCAUCAGAAGAAUAUUCUGAUUCAGAUAAUGAAAAAAGCUCAUAUAUUCCAAGUGAUGAAGAGGAAUUUGAAGAGGAUGAAGAAGAAGGUGACAAUACAACAGACAAUGAAUUGAGUAAUAAAGAUGUAGAAGAAAUAAAAGAAAUGGGAAAUGAACAUUUUAAAAAAUGUGAUUAUAAAAAUGCAAUAUAUUAUUACAGUAAAGCUUUAAAAAAAUGUAAAGAUAAAACUAUUAAAAGUAUAUUGUACUCAAAUAGAGCAGCCUGUAAUGUUUUAUUAAAAAAUUGGAAUUUGGUUAUAGAUGAUUGUACUAAAUCUAUAAAUUGUGAUGAAAAUUAUGUCAAAUCAUAUAUACGACGAAGCAACGCGUAUGAACAUUUAGAAAAAUAUAAUGAUGCUUCUAACGAUUUAAAUAAAGCUAUAUCUAUUGAUUCAUCAUUAUUAAAUACCUAUGAAGCUAAACAAAAAAGAUUAAAAAUUUUAGCAGAACAACAAUUGAGUAAAGAGAAAGAAGAAAUGGUUGGAAAGCUAAAAGAUUUUGGAAAUAUGCUAUUAGGAAAAGUAGGAUUGUCUUUAGACAAUUUUGAGGUACAAAAAAAUCCAAACAAUGAUGGAUCUUUCAACAUACAAUUUAAACAAAACAAGUGA